AUGAUCGCCUCAGGUUUUUUGAUUACAAUUAGUUUUUUAUCACCAAUAACAAAUUGGAUACGAACACUUAUUAUUGAACAUUUAAAUUCUCGUGGAACAGCGACAACAUUCGCACUUAUUCUACUAUUAAAAUUAUAUCGAAUAGUAUUUGCUAUAGCAUUUAAAUUUGGUUUUAUAGGAAAUAUAAUGUUUGCUUAUAUUUGUUUAUCUAUUCCAAUGUAUUGUCUAUUACAAUUAUGGUAUGUUGAUAAUUGGUUGGAAUUAUUAUUCAUUCUUCAGUUACCAUUGUACGCAUGUUUUCGUUUCGACAUAGCGUUGCUUGUUGGAUUACUCAAUACUGACUGA